CGUUUGACCAUGGCAGACGCAGCCAGGGACAGGACUGUAACAAGUGUCUACAAUGACGUUAAGGAAUACUACGGAAAGACGUUGAAGCAGAAAUCAGACCUGAAAAGCAAUGCCUGUGUGCCUUCUGCCAAACCUGUCUCUGCGUAUGUGAGAAAAGUGAUAGCUGAGAUCCAUCCAGAUGUUGUUGCAAAGUACUAUGGCUGUGGUCUGGUGGUCCCAGAGUGUCUGGAGGGCUGCCGUGUGCUUGACCUUGGCUGUGGAAGUGGACGUGACUGCUACAUGCUCAGCCAGCUUGUAGGAGAGAAAGGGCACGUCACAGGUAUCGACAUGACAGAAGCUCAGCUUGAGGUAGCCCGGAAUUACAUCGACUACCACAUGCAAAGAUUUGGUUAUAAAAAUCCAAAUGUGAAUUUUGUUCAAGGCUACAUUGAGGCCUUGGUGGAAGCCGGGCUGGAGGAUAAAUCAUAUGAUAUUAUCAUAUCAAAUUGUGUGGUGAAUCUGUCACCAGAUAAAUCCAGUGUUCUGAGGGAGGCGUAUCGUGUUCUGAAGGACGGAGGGGAAUUGUACUUUAGUGAUGUCUAUAGUGAUGCUAGAAUCCCAGAACACCUCAAGGCCAACAAAACUUUAUGGGGCGAGUGCCUCAGUGGAGCAUUGUGGUGGGAAGACCUGAUAAGACUAGCUGAAGAGGUUGGGUUCUGCAAACCCAGGCUGGUUUCUGCUAGCAUCAUCACAGUGGGCAACACGGAACUGGAAAGCAUUCUUGGUGACUACAAAUUUGUGUCUGCCACAUACCGACUCUUCAAGUUACAGAAAGGUUUGGAGAAGAAGCCCUGUCUGGUCAUGUACAAUGGAGACAUUACUGACAGCGAGGAAAGCUUUGAGUUUGAUGCCCAGUAUGCCUUUAAGGUGGAUAAAGUGAUGGAGGUGGAUGGAGAUGUCGCCAACAUCUUGAGAAACUCCAGAUUUUCUGAAGAAUUCACAUUUCAGCCUCAGGGGGUGAAUACUGCUUCUUCUGCAGGAUGCUGGGCCAAACCCAACGCUGUGUCAGUGAAUCCCUUUGAACUGGUCCAACAGUUGGGAAGCGCAAGUGUGUCUCCUUCCACUGGAGGGUGCUGUGCAGGUCAGGAAUCAUGCUGUAACUGACUUCCAGCUAUUUUGAAGGCAGUUGAGAAAUGAAGCAAGUGUUUCUUAUGUAUUAUGUAAUAAAAAUCACAACAAAAAUGGUAAUAUAGCAGUACUUUGUAAGGUUGUCAAGCUAAUAAAUGUAUAGAAAUGUCCAAUA